UGAACCUACUCUGAUAUGACCAGAAGAACCCUGCUUAGCUCUCAUUGUUUCUCUUCUCCAAACCCUAACCAGAGCAUCCUUACAACUUCCUAUGUCGCAUGCCCCAGAUAAAGAUUUGGACGGCGCACAGCAGCCGGUCUCCUACGCCGACGCCGACGCUGAACCCCAACGGCAGUUGGUUUCAUCAGAAUUUUCCAACGAUGCGUCUACAAUUUCGUCUUUUACCUCUGAAGCUUCAAUUCCUGGCCCUAGCUCAAACUCGACUACUCUCUCACCUCCGUUGAAUAUCUAUAAUAUCACCUUCAAUCAGGACUCCGGUUGCUUCGCCGCAGGUUCCGAUCGUGGGUUUAGAAUCUACAAUUGCAGCCCUUUCCGUGAGAUUUUUCGAAGGGAGUUUGAAAAUGGUGGCGGAAUUGGAGUCGUACAGAUGCUGUUCCGGUGUAAUAUAUUGGCCUUGGUCGGUGGAGGUUCGGAACCGCAGUAUCCUUUGAACAAGGUGAUGAUCUGGGACGAUCAUCAGGGUCGGUGUAUUGGCGAGUUGUCGUUUAAGUCUGAUGUGAAGUCUGUUCGUUUGAGGAGGGACCGGAUUGUGGUGAUUUUACUUCAGAAGAUUUUUGUAUAUAAUUUCGCCGACUUGAAGUUGUUGCAUCAGAUUGAGACAAUUAUUAAUCCCAAGGGUCUGUGCGAAGUUUCCCACAUGGCUGGGUCUAUGGUAUUGGUAUGUCCAGGCUUGCAGAAAGGACAGGUCAGGAUUGAACAUUAUGCCACGAAGAGGACCAAGUUUUUCAUGGCUCAUAACUCGAGAAUUGCAUGUUUUGCCCUCACAAACGAUGGGAGGUUGCUGGCAACAGCUAGUAGCAAAGGGACAUUGGUUCGGAUCUUUAAUGCUUUAGAUGGUACUCUACUUCAAGAGGUGAGAAGAGGUGCAGAUAGAGCAGAAAUAUAUAGCCUAGCCUUCUCUUCAGGUGGUCAGUGGUUAGCUGUUUCAAGUGAUAAAGGAACUGUUCAUGUCUUUAGUCUUAAAGUUGAUUCGGGAUCUAUGGGGAUUGAAAGAAGUUCAUCUGAACCCCAAACCUUCGGUCCACCUGCUACUUCAUCCCUUUCCUUCAUUAAAGGUGUGCUGCCCAAGUAUUUCAGCUCUGAGUGGUCAGUGGCUCGAUUUCGCAUACAGGAAGGUUCUCAAUACAUAGUUGCUUUUGGCCAUGAAAAGGACACAGUUGUCAUUGUCGGGAUUGAUGGGAGUGUUUACCGAUGCCAGUUUGAUCCAGUAGUUGGCGGAGAGAUGACCCAGUUGGAAUAUGUCAAUUUCCUGGAGGCAGAAGCAGUAUUUUAAAGUUGUGUAAUGUUCCUUAUUUUUCCAGUUCUCCUUUUAUGUAGUACUUUCAAGUCAAUAAGAAUGUAAAUAUCUAUUAGCAGGCUACAAACAAUAAGAUUAUAGUCCCUUGGAACUGAUGUACAUACUCUACCUAAAUGCUAUAUUCUUCAUUCA